AUGGCCCGAAAUGCAGAAAAGGCCAUGACGGCCUUAGCAAGAUUUCGCCAAGCUCAAUUGGAAGAGGGAAAAGUGAAGGAACGAAGACCCUUCCUUGCCUCAGAAUGUACUGAAUUACCCAAAGCUGAGAAGUGGAGACGACAGAUCAUUGGAGAGAUCUCUAAAAAAGUGGCUCAAAUUCAGAAUGCUGGUUUAGGUGAAUUCCGAAUUCGUGACCUGAAUGAUGAAAUUAACAAACUGCUAAGAGAGAAAGGACACUGGGAGGUCCGGAUAAAGGAGCUGGGUGGUCCUGAUUAUCUAAAAGUUGGCCCUAAAAUGCUUGAUCAUGAAGGCAAAGAAGUCCCAGGGAAUCGAGGUUACAAAUACUUUGGAGCAGCAAAAGAUUUGCCUGGUGUUAGAGAGCUAUUUGAAAAAGAACCUCUUCCUCCUCCAAGAAAGACACGUGCUGAGCUCAUGAAGGCAAUUGAUUUUGAAUACUACGGUUACCUAGAUGAAGAUGAUGGUGUUAUUGUGCCUUUGGAACAGGAAUAUGAAAAGAAAUUCAGAGCCCAAUUAGUGGAAAAGUGGAAAGCAGAGAGAGAGGCUCGGCUGGCAAGAGGAGAAAAGGAAGAGGAGGAGGAAGAGGAGGAAGAAAUCAACAUCUAUGCUGUCACUGAGGAAGAGUCUGAUGAGGAAGGCAGCCAGGAGAAAGGAGGUGAAGACGAGCAGCAGAAGUUCAUCGCCCAUGUCCCUGUGCCAUCACAGCAAGAGAUCGAGGAGGCACUUGUGCGAAGGAAGAAGAUGGAACUCCUCCAGAAGUAUGCAAGUGAGACCCUGCAGGCCCAGAGCGAAGAGGCCAAAAGACUCAUGGGAUAUUAG